GUAACUUUCUAUUGUAGCUCUUGCAUGGGAUGUACUAUGCAAUGGUGAUAUAUCUGUGACAGCAUGACAUCCCAAUAUGAUAAAAUUUGUGAAUGCAAUUUAUACCUGACGCUUUAAAUUUAAUACUGUUUCUUAUUUUCCUUGAUAGAUUUAGUAUAUGAAGAGCAGAAUCUUUGAAUCACAUUUAUGUAAGAAGGCCAGUUGAUGCUAUGUAUCUAAGGCAUUUUCAGCGUCAUUUUCCACUGUUACCAGGAGCUCUAAGCAAUAAACUUUGUGCAACUGUUGCACAUUAUUCUGGAGAUGCUGCUGUGGAAGAUCUUGUCUUGAGCCCAAGCUGUAUUGAACGCUUACAAAGCCUGAACAGGAAAGCUGCAGCAGCCGACCAGGGACGUGCAGCAGCGGACCAGGGUGGUGCAGCAGCAGACCAGGGUGGUGCAGCAGCCGACCAGGGUGGUGCAGCAGCAGACCAGGGUGGUGGUGUCAACAAUGCUCCACCACAGUUCCUCAGGAUAGUGGUGGAAGGAGGUGGCUGUUCAGGCUUCCAAUAUAAGUUUAAUUUGGAGGAUAAGCUGCAACCUGAUGACAGACGUUUUGGUCCCCCAGACGCCAGUGUGGUGACUGAUGAAGUUUCACUGUCGUUCAUCAAAGGAGCCACAGUUGAAUAUCAUACGGAGCUCAUACGGGCAGCCUUCCGUAUUGUCAACAACCCUCAAAGCAAGGCAGGCUGCUCAUGUGGUGCAUCAUUUGCCAUCAAAAUUUAGUAGAAAUAUUUUUUUUGUUGAACUAUGAAAAUCUUCCUAGUUUGCAUCUAAAUUCGUAAAACGGUUUACCAUAAAUUGUGCAAAUAUUAACAAAUGGAAUACAAAUUUAGUAGACGUUUCACAUUGACUUAUGCAAUUUUUCCUAGUUGCCAUCAAAGCUUAGAACUUAUUUAAUACCAAAUAUUGUCAGAAAGUGUGUCACUAUGUUGACAAUAUGACCCAUUAAUAUUUAUGAUCACUAUGUUGACAAUAUGACCCAUUAAUAUUUAUGAUAGCACUUGUGACUGGUUGUGUCUGGAUAGAAUUGACGAAUCUGUCCUGACGCCUCGUCAGUUGUUGUCUUGCCUUGUUCUUAGUUCUUGAUGAUUAUUUAUGAAUUGCUGCAUUUAUCAUGAAUUAUCAUGAGCACUUCCAAUGGUGCGUGCUCUUAAGUCACUAUAAUGGGGGCGCUUUGUAUGGAGAUGUACACUGUUCAUAAAAUUAUGAUAUAAAUUAGAUAAUGGCAAUGUUAAGGCAACGUCUCUAGUACGCGGACGCGGUAUAUGUAUAGCUGCAUGCUUGCUGCUAAUUGAUCUGAUCUCUUCCAAUUAUCAUUACGAUUGUCAUGGUUGGAUAAAUGAUUAGUUGGUGAGUAAAACUUAUGUUCAAUAACUAAUUCAUAUAAUGUUCACUAACUAAUGCAUAUAAAAAUGAAGCCGCAAAGUUUGAGCUAAAUUAUUACACGCUCAAUAUGUUAGAGUGUCAGUUGACAUGUUCUCAUAGGAUAUUUGUGGGCAUUUUUUAUUGUAUUAUCAGACCAUUUGUCUUGGUACAGUCGCUGUUUCUGUUCAUUUGUUGGUUAAAUGUUGUCAAUUUAUACUCAUGCGCUUUUUCUGCUCUAUUCGUUGAGAAUCUUUAAAUAAAUGAAUAUGCUAUAUUAGCCACAUGAAUAUGCUAAAUAUUAGAUAAAUAAAUAUGAUAUGUAUUAGCCAAAUAAAUAUGCUAUAUAAUAGCCAAAUGAAUAUGCUAUAUAUUAGCCAAAUUCCGGGAAAUUUUUCACAGUGAAACACAGGCAAUGAAACCUGCCCCCAUUCACUGCAUGCUUAGUUAGUUUCAUUGUUGGAUUAUCUUGCAGUUGAAUAUUGUUACUAUGUUUAUAUGAGCCUGCUGAAAGGGCAGCGUAUGAACUGUAUUAUACAGUUCUGUAUUGUAUAAAUGUAUUCCCAAAACUUCAUGCUGCUGUGAGAAAUGUAUAAUUGUUAAUGCGUGUAUAUUGAAUAAAUCUAUCUGAAAUA